AUGGGUUGGUUUUGGGCAGAUUCGCAGCCGCAACUUCCGGCGCGCAAUCACCCAGCAUCCUCUGAUGCAUCUCCUCCGGCAACAUGUCCCAUGCAUGCAUCUCCUCCCAAAUCCGAGACUUCAAGCGCUUGUCCCGUGCGAUCGUCGGAUUCGCCCUUCUUCGUACCUCCGAAAUCUUCUGCUCAACCACCUACUGCGCCUGAUACAAAACAGUCGACCCUGUCCAAGCUUAACCCGUUGAACUACAUGUUUGCGUCUCUCUCGCAAGAGCGCGCUCCAAAUCAAACCGUGGACCUAGGUGUGGAACGGGAAGUCUCGUCUAUACCCAGAGGUGAUUCAGAAGGGAACUGGGAGUAUCCCUCCCCACAGCAGAUGUAUAAUGCUAUGCUGCGAAAAGGGUAUACAGACACCCCACAGGAUGCAGUAGAGGCCAUGGUUGCGGUGCAUAACUUUUUGAACGAGGGCGCUUGGAGUGAGAUUGUCAAUUGGGAACGGAUCUUUUCGAAAGGCUGGGCGAAUGCAUGGGAGAAGUGCCGAAGAGGUGAAGAAAACAUCCCUUUAGAGCUAGCUAAAGAGGAAUACUAUGGAAUUGCGACUACUACUCCGCCUCGUUUGGUGAGGUUCCAGGGCCGGCCACAAGACCUUACGCCUAAAGCACAGUUCUUCCAGAUUCUGGGCAGGCUAUACCCGGCGAAAUUUGAGACCAAGCCUCCAUUUGACCGACAUGACUGGUACGUGAUGCGCGAAACGCCGUCAGGCCCCAAGGAGAUCCGCUAUGUGAUUGACUACUACUCUGGGCCCCCAGAGCCGACCGGAGAGCCUGUUUUCUACCUUGACAUUCGGCCUGCUUUGGAUUCGCCCACCGCCGCUGCCGAACGACUGCUGAGAUGGGGAUCUGACGUCUGGUAUCGCGCAAGCGGAGGCGCUGUCCGUGACAAUGACAAAAAAUAA